AGCAACUGGCCAUGUUUGUGGCGCUAGUGGCGCACUGGUGCAGCUUUGUGCUAAACGUGGCCUGCGUUGUUUUUUUGCUGGUCCGCUACGAGCUGCUACUGCCGCUGCUGAAUUCACUGCUGGGCCUCUGGCGCAAGUCCCGAGGCUGGAACUGCAAAGAUGCCGUCUUGGAAACCGGGCCGAGGAUUGCUUUGAACAUGCACUUUGUGAUCCAAGAGAAAUUACUGCAGAAGGUUCGUUGCGUUGUCACCCUCUUCUUGGCCGUCACCGCAUUUGUCUCCAUGCGCUUUCUUCCUCAGUUGCCGAAGUUGUGCCUACUGGCGUGUCUUUGGGAUACGGCCACAGUGUUAAUAUCUCCUCGUCAGCCUGAGAGUAAGUUGAAUUGGAAAGAAGACAGGCAUGGAAUCCCCUAUGGCCUUCAAGAAGGCAUCUACUCGAAGCAUAUGGUCUUCACCGGAGGGGUCUCUUUGGCAUGUUACGUCCUGGGGGUGGUGCACUUCAUCUAUCGCCGCUUCGGGACAGAAGUCUUCCAGGAUUGCGACUUCGCGGGCGCCUCUUCGGGCAGCUGGGCGGCGCUGGGCGCGCUGCUGGCAACGCAGGGGGCGGGGAGCGUGGAGGCCUUGUUCCACUCAGGCAUUCUCUCAGCCGUUAGCUUGGUCUAUCUGUUUCCCUUCCCCUUCUCCUUGCUGCUGCCUGGCUGCCAAGCCGUCGAAAGCUUUGCCACUUCCUUGGCCCAUCAAGCGAAGAUGAAGACUCCAGGAGCCUAUGCCGCGAUCACUUCCAAAGGAAAGCUCUUAAUUUGGUUUUUUGCCUGCAGCUUGAGACGCGAGAGUGGCAGCCGCUGCUAUCGCUUCGCGGUGCGUAGCGGUCCUGACUUUGAGAGCCCCAGCGGCCUAGGUGCCAUGAUUGCAGCCACCAGCGUCUUCCCGUUUUUGACUUCCCCGCGGCUCUGCAGCAACCUGCAGUGCUUGCCCGCGGUGAUGGAUGGAUAUUUCCCCGGCCGCGGGGUGAGUUUUCUCCCUGUUCCCGACAUGAUUGUGCCCUGCGUGGGCCGUACCUUGCUGUUUGACAUCAGUGGUGGCAACCGCGAGCUCUAUGCAGGCGAUAAGCGCGUGCAAGUGCUGGAUAUGAAGUCGUGGGAAAGCUUCACCGCCUGGGACUACACGGCUUGCAGCCCACAUGCCUGCAAGGAGCUCUUUGCCCGAGGGCUGCGAGGUGCAGAACGCCACGUCUCGGAGAUUGAUCGGGCAGUCAAGGAAGUGUUUGGUUUGGAUCCACCAAGUUGCAGUUGAGGUUGCCCUGACCACGGUAAGCGCAUGUCGCUAAUCGCGGCGAUGUCCGG